GUUGCUAAUAACAAACAGGAUGUCCCCACAUCAUCAACGUCAUCAAUAGCAGGGUUGGCACCACAAUUUGAGCUCUGGUGUCAACAAAGAAGUCUGUGGAGGAGGUUAAUCAAUGGAGCUGGAUAACAAUAUGGAAUUGGAUUAUUAUGACUAUGGCAAUUACUCUACUGACAAUUCAACAGCCGAGGAAGAGCAUUCCAUAAAAUCCCAAUCGACCUGCUUCACAGAGGAAGCUUGUUUCACCCUUGUGGUGAUCAAUGGUGUUAUUUUUGUCUUGGGUGUCUUUGGAAACGGAAUAGUGAUUUGGAUCGCCGGCCUCAAGAUGAAGAAAACCAUCAACACCACCUGGUACCUGAGUUUGGCAGUGUCUGACUUCCUUGUCUGCGCAAUCCACCCCUUCAACAUCGCUCAUCUGGCUCUUCAGGACUGGGUGUUUGGCCUCUUCCUGUGCAAGUUCACCUCCUUCAUGAUGUUCGUCAACAUGUUCAGCAGCAUCUUCCUGCUGGUCUUCAUCAGUGUGGACCGCUGCGUUGCCGUGGUGUUCCCCGUGUGGGCCCAGAACCACCGGACAGUCCGAACCGCGUCCGUCGCCGUCCUUCUGGCCUGGAUGCUCUCGGUGGUUCUCAGCAUUCCCUCCAUCAUAUUCCGGGAUGUCAAGCACCAUAUGGGCAAGAGCCACUGCUUCAACAACUACGGGGCGGACCCACACAGCCACGCCGCCAUCGCCGUCAGCCGCUUUGUCUCCGGCUUCGUAGUGCCUUUCGUCGUCAUCAUCGUCUGCUACUCCGUAAUCACCCUCAGACUCAUGGGCAGCCAGAUCAAGAGGUCGUCCAAGCCCCUGAAAGUGAUGACGGCGCUCAUCGUCACCUUCUUCAUCUGCUGGCUGCCCUACCACGUCUUCAUCCUGCUGGAGCUCCACCACGGGGCCUACGUCCAGCAGCACCUUGUGCACGGCCUGCAGUUUGGCACGCUGCUCGCACUAGCCAACAGCUGCCUCAACCCCGUGCUCUACGUCUUCAUGGGCAACGACUUCCGGAGGAAGUUCAGGAGCUCUCUGCUGUCCAAAAUGGAGAACGCCAUGGGAGAGGACGCUCGCACCACCAGUCGCUUCCUGUCACGCUCCAGCUCAGUGGACACAAGGGCUUCCACUCAUAUCUAAACAUCUGCAGGUUCCCUUUUCUCUCUGCUGCUCAUAAUAAACAUUCUCAUGAACAGAUGACAAUCUAGACUGUCAGUAGAUAACCUGAUGGCAUGAACACUUUCUUUAAAUCUGAACUGCAUGUGUUAAAGUAUAUAAUAUUCUGCUUAAGUGAUGUUGCUGGGGGUGGAGGGUGGAGAUUAUGGCUUAUUGUCCCAAUGAAGUAUGUUAUGCGUGUGGGUGUAAUCAGUGUGUGUGUGUGUGUGUGUUUGUACACAUAAUGUGUGUUAUGCAUGUAUUGUAUGAAUUUGAAUGUAACACAUAGAACAAAGAACAAUGCAAACAUCACACAACACAGAUUAUUGUAAUAUAUCAUAUAAAAUGUGUUUAUUUGUGCCA